AUGAGUCUCUCUCUUUAAAGACUCAAAGCCAGCUAAAUAUUUGCUCAUUAGUUCUUGGAAACAUUGGAUGCUUGGUAGCUUGGCAAUCAUCUCUUUAUAAAAUUGAGAAAAUAAAAAUCUUUCAGGAUUAUGAGUAAAUAAAUCCCAGGAAGUGCUUUUGUGAGUUUGUUUUUCCAGUUAGCUAUAUUUUCAAAAUUACUGUAGUUCAAGGAAAGUUUCUCCCAACUGAUAAGAAUUCAUUUGGAUUGUACUAAGGAGAUGCAAUAUGAGAGCAAAGAUGGGCUAGAAAAUUUCAACUAUCAUGAAGACUCAUUUUAUAAUGAUGAUGAUUAAAGAGAUAAGCUUAGAAAGUAAAUAGGCAAUAGUGAAUCCGAUCUUUUAAGUGAAAUUAAGGAAAUGAAAGUCUAAAAAAUAUCAAUUGAAGAUGGAAAAAUAGAGAGGAAGAAAACAAACAUAGAUUUAAUGUCUUUAAUUAGUCAGCUUGGAAGACCUCAUUAAUCUAUACAAGCGAAACUACCAUAACCUUCUAAACUUUUAAUAGAUUUUCAAUCGAUUAUGAUUAAUAGGGAUACCUAAAAAUUAGUAAUAAUGAAAGAUAAUUCUGAGGUUAGACUUAGAGAAAAGACUAUGGCUCAGAAUGAUAUAAUGGAUCUCUCUCAGAUUUAAUUCAACACUUUUACUUUAAAUCUUACAUGGUUCAGCCCAAUUGAAAUUAUUAUGGAGGUUAUUCAGAUGACUGAGUUUUAAGCGAUUUCCAAAGGCUUAAAAAUUUUAUUAGAUAAUUAAAUAGAUAAUAGAAUUGAAAUAUAUUCAGAUAAAAGAAGAUUGAAAUAAGUACUCUUGAACUUAGUUAGUAAUGCUCUUAAAUUCACAUAAAAAGGUUACAUUAAAAUAUAUAUGAAGCUUGAAGUUAGUGAUAGCAUGCCAUUAGUUCAUGAUGCUUAUGAGGAAUAAAAGGAGAUUAUGCAUGAUCCUAUAAUACCAUUUCAGAGUGAGAGUUUUUAUACUGAAUACAGAAAUAUUUAAACAAACAGAGAAAAAUUUCUUAGAAUAGAAGUUGAGGAUACAGGGAUAGGCAUAAGUAAAUAAGAUCUUACAAAUCUAUUCAAGCUUUUCGGCAAGCUUAAGUCUUCUUUACAUUUGAAUCAGAACGGAAUAGGCCUAGGAUUGACUAUUUGCAAAAAAAUAACUGAGUUCAUGGGAGGAACUAUUGAUGCUGAAUCUCAAAUAAACGAAGGAACUAAAUUUACUUGCAAGACGCCUGUAGAAUAUGUACGAAAGCAUCUAGUGAGAGCAUCCACAAAUGAAGAUCUAGAUUUUGAUAGCAUGGAAGUGAUAAACGAAACUUUGCUAGCUGGAAUUGAGAAAUAUAGUCAUAAUUCUUCUUUUCAUCAAAAUCCAUUUAGUUCUGGCAAUUAAUCUCCUAAAUCUGAUGCUGUACAGUAUUUUUACUUUAAAUUUCUAAAGGCUUAUGAAGGAUGUGAAGGAUUAGACAAAAUUUAAGAGAAUAUCUAUGAGCCGUUUAACAUUGUAUUCAUUGAUCAAAAUAUGCCUAAAAUGAAUGGAAUACAAUUGAUGACUUUGGUUUCAAAAGACAUUGCAGAUGGUACCUUAGAAAACUACAAGUCGACUUAAUUCGUUUUUUGCAGUGCUUGCUCAUAAUAUGAAAGCAAUGAUCAUAUGAUCUAUGGUUUCAAUUGCUACCUUGAGAAACCACUUGAUAUAAAAAAAUUAGAGAGAAUCAUCUGUGCCUUUUUGUUAACAUGA